CCCUAGGUCUCCCUCUCCUUUCAAAAUCACAUAUAAUUUCGAGGUGUCUCUUGUGGGUUCAAUGUUUUGGAAGCUGCAAAACAACUGCGUGUGGCCCUCAGGAUAUACAGAGUCGUUGACAGAAAAGUCAACCAAAAACAUUUCCAGCGUACUACUGCUUACUAGAUCAGAUUUGAUGUUAUUGAUCAAUGCCUUUCCAUUUAGUUCUUCUCCCUUCUCCCUUCUCCUUUGCUCCAUGUUUUUUUAUUUAUCUUUCUCACACAAACUGUUUGUUAGGAUAGAUAGUUAGCCUUGUCGCAGCCUUAUACAAUCCCAGUAUCUCUCAGCACGCACCCCACCAUCUGAUCAGGCUAUCUUUACUUUUGUUGUCGGCUGGACAGUCAGACUUCCUCCCCCCCUUUCCAUCUCUUUCAUCCAUCAGAUUUCUCCCACAUGGUUAACUGCACACCCCCCCCC